CCGGGCCUACUAAUACUAGUCUAGAUCUAAUAUUAAUCAUCUAUGAAAUGUUGAAAAUGUUCGGUUCUCCUGGCCUUGACGAUCUAGAAUACGCCCGUAAACUUCAGGAAGAAUAUGACAGAGAAAUAGCCGUUAAAAUUGCAGACGAUGACAAUUCUGAAAGCAGAAGUGUAAAUGAUAAUCCAGAAUACGCUAUAAAGUUUAAUGGAAGCGGAAGAAGUAAGAAUGCGGCUUCAAUACAGAUGAAUGAUUUUACUGAAAAGUUUCACUUGGGUUUGUCCCCAGUUGACCCAUCAUUGGAAUUUUCAGAUCCAAAUCCUAACAUUUUUGAGUUGUUUCUUCAAUUUAAUAUUCAGUUCUUCUGGGGACGUCUUUCUGGAAUUGAAGUCAAAUGGAGCCCCAGAAUGACUCUCUGUGCAGGCCUAUGUGUUUAUGAAGGACGUGGAGGUCUCUGUUCUGUCAGACUUAGUCUACCUUUGUUGAAGCUCAGGCCAAGAAAAGAUUUAGUUGAAACUCUCUUGCAUGAAAUGAUCCAUGCUUAUUUGUUUAUCACAGACAAUGAUAGGGAUCAUGAUGGCCAUGGCCCUCAGUUUAAAAGUCAUAUGCAUCGAAUUAACAAAGAGACAGGAGCUAACAUUUCUAUCUAUCACACAUUUCAUGAUGAAGUUGAGGCCUACCAACAACACUGGUGGAGAUGUGAUGGUCCCUGUCAAAGUAGGAAACCAUAUUUUGGUUACGUCAAACGUGCCAUGAAUCGCGCCCCCUCACCUCGUGACUUUUGGUGGGGAGAACAUCAAGCCUCUUGUGGUGGAAGCUUUACAAAGAUCAAAGAACCUGAGGGCUAUGGUCAAAAAAAGGGAAAGGGAAAAGAAGAUAAAAUAAAAAAUCCAACAACUGAUAUUCGUGCCUUUGUCGGCAGAGGCAUUUCUCUUGGAACUUCUUCUCAAAAAAAUGUCAUUCAAAGAAAUAGUACAUUUUCCUCCAACAAUUCAUCAAAGAGUAUCUCUACGGGGAACAAAGCUAAGCAAUCAGUGAUAGUCAAUGGUGUUCUGACCACCAAAGCUGUUGGACCAAGUCCUUUGUUUUCAUCUUUACCUAAUUCAUCAGCUGCCAAAUCUGUUGCUCCGUCAAGCUUUUCUAUCCCAUCUGUAAAAAAUAGUUCCAACCCUCACAGCCUUGCUAAAGUUUCCUCAAACACAGCUGUUGGUGUCUCACUGGAGAAACCCCCUUCAAAAGAUAAACCUAAGAUGUUUGACUGCAGUGCUAUCUCACUGGAAAGUCUGGAUAAUUUUCCAGAGAAUGAAGAUGAUUCUUGGAUGUUGGAUGCAGACACUGGCAGUUCUGAGGGUUAUUUCACCAGCCCAUCUCUGGAUACAGUAUCCCCUUUAAAUAAAGCAGACAUCAUUGAUCUAACUGCUAAAGACAUUAAAAAUUGUGAAAGUCUUAACAUGUCCCAUCAGACUCCAAAACCUCAGCACAAAAAGAAAAUUUUGCCCACUGUUGGCAUGAACUCCUCUAAAAGAAUCAGCCAAAAAUAUCCUGGAACUUCAAACAUUCGUAAAAAGAGGACGCCAGUUGUACACAGAGGUAACAAGAAUAACAGUGGCGGCAGAAGACCAGAUAACAGCAAGGUCAUAUUUUCCAGACAUUUUGUUAGUGUGUGUGAAGGAGGAAAGUUUACGGAAAAACCCAAAGCUUUGAAAAAACCAAAGUCUUAUGUCUUUGAUGAGCUGGAUGAUAAUGAUGAUUUGUGGGUGGAAACCAGCAGUCUACAAAAAGUACAAGCAAAACACAGUGCAUGCAAUAAGCAGGAAGGCUUUACAGAAGUCACGGAUUUAGAAUCUGAUGAGGAAGGAAGUAGUACUGAUAUAAAUGAGGUCACCCAUAAAAAGGAUGGCGAUGUAAAAACUGAGCUUUCAACUUCAUUUGCUAAAAACACACAAGAUGAGAGAAAGAUAGAAAAACCACAGAAAUCUAAUUAUGUGAGCCAGGUUGGUUCUGAAGAUGUUGCACUUUCCAAAUGCCCUUCAGAGAAGUUUACAGGUCAAGGCUAUCGGUUAGGUACUGGGGAGGCAGGCAGCUCUUUUCUUUCACAAAUACGAAAAUCAUUUAACAGUAAUACAUCUGGCACUAGGAACACUUUGUUAGGUCCAAUCCAAAGACCAAAAACAGGUGAAUCUGUUCUUCAGGCAAGCAACUCUUCAUUUCCACGUAAAAGAAGCUCUGAAGUAGCAUUUGGGUUGGAGUCCUUGCAAGGACAGAAUAAUUCAAAAUACAUAAACAAUCGGGACUCUCAGUACUUAAGCACUUCAUCUUCAACUCAUGGAAAAGGCCAAGACAACCUAGCAACAAGACACACAGAUGGUAAUCCUGCAACAAGACACACAGAUGGCAAUCCUGCAACCAGACAGGCAGAUGGUAAUCCUGCAACCAGACAGGCACAAGACACCCCAUUAGUGUCUUGUCCUGUGUGUACAAUAAAAGUACCUGCCCAACAGAUCAAUGACCACUUGGAUACAUGCUUGCUGUAACAUGCUGUCUCUGAAAAAACUGGCAUCUCCCCUGCCCCAACACAUCCCAGAUGUUUGUAGUUUUUCACAUAACCCAAUCCCUUCACUGGUCUACACUUUUAAGGAUUGAAAUGUCCAUGAUUCAGACAGGAUUGAAAUGUCCAUGAUUCAGAAAUUUUCAAACUAAAUUCCAAUGUUCUGCUGUAACUGAUAGUACUCAUUGUUAAUUUUAUUAUAGUAACAUUUUUUACUGUACACCAGUGAUUUGUGUACAUUUAACAAACUUUGUUUAAAAGGGAUCAUGAACCUAAAGUUCUUGUAUCAUUUUUAGUUAAGCAAUUAAAAUGGCAUCAGGAAUUAACCCCCUUGGUUUAAAGAUGGAUUUUUGAAUUUCAAAACUGAGACAGCUGUGGGUAGAAUAGGGCCUAUUGAUUUAAGUGGUCUCUUGGUCACAUUACAUUAUAUGCAUUUAAGUGGUCUCUUGGUCCCAUUACAUUAUAUACAUUUAAGUGGUCUCUUGGUCACAUUAUAUACAUUUAAGUGGUCUCUUUGUAUGUAGAGAAUCACAUUCUGUGCCACACUUUGAGGAAUGUAUAUUUGCAUUGUCAGCUUUACUUUGUAUUCAGGUGUCUCUAGCAUUCUCUUCACUGUUAGAACUUUUGAUGAAACUUACUUUGAUGUCUUUCAAAUUUAUACUCACAUUUCCAUGUUGAGUUGGAAAAUAAAAUAUUUUGUCUUUA